CAUCAAAAUGAAGAACAUGCACGUAUUUUAGAAGAGAAGAAAAUCAUAUAUGAGGCUGAGGUUGCAAGGCUGAAUAAAGAUAAAGAAGAGCUCCGUAACCAGCUGCUUAGUGUUGAUCCUACGAGGGACAGUAAACGUGUGGAGGCACUCUCUAGAGAAAAGGCACAACUGCAUCAGAAAUUAAAAAGCUUAGAAGCAGAAAUAGCAGAACUAAGAGCAGAGAGACACAAUUAUGCUGUGCAAGCAGAAAAUGUCCAAAGAGUACAAGUACGACAGUUAGCUGAGAUGCAGGCUGUGGCAAGGUCUCUAGAGGCAGAAAAGAAGUCUGCUGAACUACAGAUUGAUCGAUUAGAGAAAGAACUGCAGAUGAGUCGUGAACAAAACAUUCUUUUAACUGGAAAACUUCACAAAUCUGAACGAGAAGUUAUCUCCCUAGCUGCUAAAGUAGAAGAACUUCAGCAUUCACAUAAAUUGGAAGUAAUGAAUGUCAAACUGGAGGCAGCAAGAACAAAGAGUGAGAUAGAAAGAGAGAGAAACAAGAUUCAAAGUGAAAUGGAUGGAUUGCUGUUAGACAAGAAAAUUCUUAAGGCAGCUGUUGAACGUCAUAAGGUGCUUUUAGUAGAAAAGGAUCGGGAGCUAAUUCAUAAAGUGCAAGCUGCCAAAGAGGAAGUUUUUGAAAAAAUUGCAGCCUUACAGGAUGAAAAGUCAGAAAUCGAGAACCGAUUAGCUGAUCUAGAGAAGAUUAAAGUGGAACAAGAUACUCAGAGACAAUCUGAAAAAGAUCAGUAUGAAGAGAAACUACGUGUUUUACAGAUGGCAGAAGAAUCUAGCAAAAAGGAACUUCAGCGUUUGCG